AUGAGAGAAAUUUAUAGAGAAAUUCAUAGAGAAAUUCAUAGAGAAAUUCAUAGAGAAAUUCAUAGAGAAAUUCAUAGAGAAAUUCAUAGAGAAAUUCAUAGAGAAAUUCAUAGAGAAAUUCAUAGAGAAAUUCAUAGAGAAAUUCAUAGAGAAAUUCAUAGAGAAAUUCAUAGAGAAAUUCAUAGAGAAAUUCAUAGAGAAAUUCAUAGAGAAAUUCAUAGAGAAAUUCAUAGAGAAAUUCAUAGAGAAAUUCAUAGAGAAAUUCAUAGAGAAAUUCAUAGAGAAAUUCAUAGAGAAAUUCAUAGAGAAAUUCAUAGAGAAAUUCAUAGAGAAAUUCAUAGAGAAAUUCAUAGAGAAAUUCAUAGAGAAAUUCAUAGAGAAAUUCAUAGAGAAAUUCAUAGAGAAAUUCGUAGAGAAAUUCAUAGAGAAAUUCAUAGAGAAAUUCAUAGAGAAAUUCAUAGAGAAAUUCAUAGAGAAAUUCAUAGAGAAAUUCAUAAAGAAAUUCAUAGAGAAAUUCAUAGAGAAAUUCAUAGAGAAAUUCAUAGAGAAAUUCAUAGAGAAAUUCAUAGAGAAAUUCAUAGAGAAAUUCAUAGAGAAAUUCAUAGAGAAAUUCAUAGAGAAAUUCAUAGAGAAAUUCAUAGAGAAAUUCAUAGAGAAAUUCAUAGAGAAAUUCAUAGAGAAAUUCAUAGAGAAAUUCAUAGAGAAAUUCGAGGAGAUAAGGAGAAAAAAAUUAAAAUCAGACCUCCUGGAGCGAUGCAUCAAGCUAGGAGGAUGGCUAGAACUAUUUACUCUUUAAAAAUAUGUUUGUUGCAAUCUCAGUUCAAAAUUAGCCCCCAGGGUAAACAAGCACUUUAA